AUGCGUUUUAUCUCAGCUUUGGUGGUCCUCUUCUUUGGCAUAUGCCUCGGAUCCAAGAUUAUUCUUUUUUCCUUUGAUGGAUUUCGUCAUGAUUACAUUGAAAAGGCUAAAGCACAGAAUAAAAAUGUAUCUGCCUUCGAAUAUCUGGAAAGGGAAGGCUUCAGGGGAAUGCAAGUUCAUAGCAUAAUGCCAUCUCUCACAUUUCCAUCACAUUUUGCUAUCGUCACUGGUCGUAAUGCAGAAAAUCACGGUUUGGUUGGCAAUACAUUUUAUGAUCCGACAAUAAAGGACAGUUAUAGCUAUAAAAACGUGAAAAAUCAACUUGAUUCUAAUUGGUUUGAAUAUAAUAAUAAUGAACCAUUAUGGCUUUCUAUCCAAAGACAUGGAGGAAAAUGUGGUAUAAUGUACUGGCCAGGCAGCUAUUCACGAAUAAACGACAAAAUGGCAUAUGUGGAUUAUGGUCUCUAUAGCGCCGUUCCAAGUCUUAGAUUCCGUGUUGACCGCGCAAUGGAUUGGAUAACAAAACCAGAUGUUAAUUGUGUUCUCAUUUACUUCAACGAACCCGACUCUUCAGGUCACAACAGUGGUCCGGAUUCUGAAAAAGUGCUUAGUGCGAUUGAGCAAUGCAAUGAAGGUCUGGCAUAUUUAAUAGAAAGAAUUAAUGAAUCUAAGAACCUUCCUGAAAAACCAAAUAUUAUCGUCACUAGUGACCAUGGAAUGACAACGGUCAAUAUCAGUGUAGUUGUACCUAUCCAUAAGUACUUACCUCCUGAAGAGUAUAUGAGUGGAGUGGACGGUUCCCCUGCUACAUUGGGUAUAUGGCCUCUGCCAAAGGGGAAGAGUGUGGAUGUAUUGUACGAAAAAGUGAAAAAGGCGGAAACUGAAUUUGGACAUUGCAAGGUUUAUAAGAAGGAAGAAAUUCCAGAUGAGUAC